AUGGCGGAAGAGAAGAGUGUCUUUGUCACUGUUGGAACAACAAGCUUUGACCGAUUAAUUGAAACUGUUUCCAGCAAGCCUUUGAUUGAGGUAAAUUAUUAAACGUCUUUCUCUCUGUAGAGUUACUACAGAACACAGGGCCGUGUGAUAAAGGUCUUAAACAGAAGUAGCUCGGUGGUUCGCCAGUGUUCUUUUGAUACCUACAGUACACUUCGUCUUAAUUCGAUUCAUUGCUGCAGAUAAUUAUAUUUUUUUUCAUUCUACAGGUUUUAGAAAAUUUAGGAUACCGAAGUGUUGUUCUUCAAAUAGGAAGAGGUGAUUGCGAGCCCGAGGUAAUAAAAAGAAAGAAUUUCUCCUUGACACACUACAGAUAUAAAGAUUCAAUCGCUGCUGAUAUUCAAAGAGCAUCGCUUGUGAUCAGCCACGCAGGUAAGUUGAACUCUUUUUUAAUGGUAUCUGCACUUACAAUUAACAGUAAAACCUAACUUAGUUAUAGAAAAGCUUACUUAUUAAAGCUUAGAUACAAGAUUCAGCUUACUAGAAACCUUGAAAAAGUGUUCUUAUUGAUGAGUUAAUACUUGUGCAGAUAUACAUCAAGGGGUGAAUUAUGAUUUAGCUUACACGUGGUACGCUUAGAGGGGGUUUACACACCUGUGUGCUAUUCACUGUUUUAAAGUUACUAAUAAGAAUAAUCAGAUUUAAUUAUUAUUACAUAUUUGUUUUCUUGUUUUGGAACUUACAUGAGGUCAGCUGCGAAAUUUUGAGUGCCAUGAUUUUCUCCGAGCAGAAGCACAGAAUGAUGUUUAAAUUGAAAGUUAUAAGUAAUGUGAUCCAUUCGUACAUAAGCCAAAAAAUUAAAAAAGGACUUAAGGACAGUGAAAUCACGCUGCUUGUGUUUUCUCCACACCAGGGAUGCAUUGACAUCAAUUUCACAACAGUGAACCAUGGAGUGUUUGUAACUGUUUUUCUUAGGGGCUGGAAGUGUUUUAGAGACUCUGCAAGCAGGACGGCCACUUAUUGUAGUGAUCAAUGAACACUUGAUGGACAAUCAUCAGUUAGAGUUAGCAAGUCAACUUGCUGAGGAUGGCCACUUGUACUAUGCUACUUGCAGGUGUGUAAGAUAUUGGCAAAACUGUUCUUCAGCAAUGUUAGAGAAAUUGUCUUGUACUUAGCAUAUUUCUUUGACAUUUUUCUCAUAAACACAAUUUGCUAAUAAAGAUAGUGAUAAAAUUGAUGCAACACAACAAAUUUUCAAAUGCACAUUGCAUAUGCAAAAAUUCAGGAGACUAGCUUGCAAGUUCCAAAGUACAGUAUGGUAGGCCAUUUGCCUUAAGCCUCAUUUUAAAAGUGAUAGUUUCUGAAACUCAGAAAUGGCCCAUUCAGCUCUGAUUAGGCAAAGUUAUGUGGAAAAAUUUACAUGCACAAAAAGUAAUUAAUCAAUCAGUUUUUGUAAGGGAUGAUUGUUAAAUAAACAUGUGGUAUAUUUAGUGAUAUUUUCACUCUUUAUUUUACAGCACACUGCAGGAUACCAUCACGGAAAAAGAUCUCACACAGCUAAAACCAUUUCCUCCUGGGAAGCCUGAACUUUUUUCUGCUUUUCUAGACAGAGCAAUGGAUUUCCAUUCAUAG